AAAAAACAGUUGGUAGCGACGAAAUGACAAUUGACACGGCGGUUUUCCAGAUAGCUGCGAUAGCGAUAUCUCCCACUUCAAUAGUGAUCAUGAAAACGUCAUUGUAGAAAAAGUGGCAUUUUCCAGGCGUUGAACCACAUCGAACGAAAAAUUUAGAAACACAAUUACAAAUAAAUAUGGAGUUUACGAUGCGACUGAGAAAGAUCCCCUCGCGGACGAAAACUGACGAAAUUUUAGCAACCAGUAACAAAAGUUCGAAGAAACGGAAAAAAAAUUCAAGUUUUGUAUGUCGAAGAUGCUGCAGCGCAUUCCAGAUGAGCGUUUUCGAUUUCCCGCCCGUUUGGUCCGAAUUGCGCAAGAAAUCCCAGCUGUGCGACGGCUUGGUCAGGUGCGAAGAUGGCACCGAGUUCAAGAUACACAGGGCCAUCCUGGCGGCCGUCAGUCCGUACUUUAAGGCCUUAUUCACCAAUUCUAUCAAUAGAGAUCAAAAGGAGGCGAACGAAGCCAGGAUCAGCAUACCGGCGGAUAUAUUCCAAACGCUACUAGAUUACGCGUAUACAGGGUCGUGCGGCGUAACGAAAACUAACGUCAAAGAUUUAUUGAAAUACGCCGAUCAAUAUCAAAUAUUGGACGUUGUACAGCUUUGCUGUAAUUUCCUCAUGACCGAACUGAGCCCGGCCAAUUGUUUAGAGAUACUGAAAUUCGCCAGCCAGUAUUUUUGCAAAGAGCUAAUCGAUAAGGGAAAGCUGUACAUCAGGCAUAAUUUUUCUAGAUUGUUAAAAGACAGUUACGAGUUUUACAACAUCCCUGCUCAUCAUUUGGAAGAAAUUUUACAAGACGACGAAUUAAAUAUAAAAAGCGAAGAGACCGUAUUGGACGCCGUAAAAAUAUGGAUAUCGUAUUCCCCGGUUAAAAGAAAAAUCCAUUUGUUCAAUCUCAUUAAAUGCAUUAGAUUGGGUACGUUGACAUACGACAGCGUGGCCGAGAUAUCCAAAUGGCCGUUGAUAAUAGAAAAUCCCGAAUGCAAGGAGUAUCUGCAGGACGUGCUCGCCGUGUUGGGCGGGUUAAAUCAAGACGACGACGUCGAUAUAGUGCACGAUUACAUGUUCAGGCCUCGGAUACCGUUCUCGGUUGUAUUCGCGAUAGGAGGAUGGAGCGCUGGCAGCCCAACCAAUUUCAUGGAAACCUACGACAGCAGGGCCGAUAAAUGGUUGUUUAGCUGCGACACGGACUCCUCGCCGAGGGCCUACCACGGGCUGUGCAACUUGAACGGAAUCAUUUACAUGAUAGGAGGUUUCGACGGGAACGAGUACUUUAACACGAUGAAGUGCUUCGAUCCGGUGCAGCACAAGUGGAGCGAACGAUCCUGCAUGUACUAUCCGAGGUGCUACGUUAGCGUGGUGGUGCACCGAGGGAAGAUAUACGCGAUGGGCGGCUACAACGGCAGGACGCGGAUGAAUUCCGCCGAGAAAUAUGAUCCGGAGAGGAACCAAUGGGAACUUAUACCGUCUAUGCAGAAGCAAAGGUCCGACGCCAGCGCUGCUACCGUUCAGGACAAGAUUUAUAUAGUUGGAGGUUUCAACGGACAAGAAGUGAUGAAUUCAACGGAAGUGUACGACACGACUACGAGACAAUGGUCGUUUAUAUCGCAAAUGACUUCGGCCCGAUCGGGAGUGUCUUUGGUUUCCUUCAAUAACACUUUGUACGCCAUCGGCGGUUUCAAUGGGUACACGCGGCUGGCCAGCGGCGAGAAAUACACGCCCGACGUUUCGGACGGCUGGUCGCCCAUCGCCGAUAUGCUAACGCCGAGAAGCAACUUCGCGACCGUCCUCUUGGACGAUUACAUAUUCGUGAUUGGAGGAUUCAAUGACAGAUUUGUGUCAGGUUCGACGACGAUCAACUACGUGGAGUACUACGACGCCGAGUCGAACGAAUGGUACGACGCGGCUUCGAUGAACGUGAGCCGGUCGGCGUUGAGCGCGUGCGUGGUGCACGGAUUGCCCAACGUGAAGGAGUACACCUUUCUGCGGACGGGCAUCUCCUCGUUGGGACCGGAGGCGGACGGCGGGAACAAGGGGUGAAUAGCGGCUAAUACGUGUGUCAUUCAUUUCAACUUCGAUUUGUGUGUGUAUGUGUGUGUGGUCUACGCCUUUUUAUCUAUACACGUUUUUUACUGGUUUAUUUCGUGCUGAAGAAUUUUUGUCAUUGUUGACAAUAAAGUAAUUUGAAGUUGGGUGUGA